CUCGCACAAGCCACGUUGAACGUCUUACCUGACACGGUUUCUGGAUGACAAGCUUACCUCGACUCGAGUUUACCAUCUUACAAUAAUAGGUCCUUCCGCCAGCUAGACUGAGACGGAUUCUACCUAAUGCUCCCAUCAUCACCAGCAAUUUAAAUCUCGGCAUGAUGGAUAUCCUUCAGCGCCUAGCUCGGUUCUUGGACCGACCCCUCUUCCCGUGGAAGAAGCUCAUCAUUGGUUUCUCUGUCGCUCAGUAUGUCGUCGAGGAGUACUUAUCACUACGUCAGUAUGGUGUCUUAAAGAAGGCAAAGCCCCCCAAGGUUCUCGAGAAGGAAGUCUCUCAGGAAGUCUACGACAAAAGCCAGGAAUAUGGUCGCGCUAAAGCAAAGUUCGGUUUCGUAAAGGGUCUCUGGGGUCAAAUCCAGAAUAUUGCCUUCAUUCACUUCGAUGUUCUCCCCAAACUGUGGUCAUGGACUGGUGGUCUCCUGCGCUUCGCCCCCGCUCGGUUUACCGGCGAGAUCUCUCACUCAAUUGUCUUCGUCCUUACGUUCAUCCUGAUUCAGCAAGCCCUGUCGCUCCCUGCCAACAUCUACCAUACAUUCGUCUUGGAAGAAAAGUUCGGUUUCAACAAGCAGACCCCCAAGCUGUUCAUCACGGACAUGAUUAAGUCAAACUUGCUCGCUUUCAUCAUUGCGCCUCCUGUUCUUGCCGGAUUCCUUGCCAUCGUGAAGAAGACGGGCAAUCAGUUUGUCACUUACCUCUGGCUCUUCACUGCUGUUCUUCAGGUUUUCAUGAUCACCGUCUACCCCAUUUUCAUCCUGCCCUUAUUCAACAAGCUGUCUCCUCUGGAGGAAGGUAAAUUGAAGACCGAGACCGAGGCACUGGCGAAGAAGUUGAAUUUCCCUCUUCAUGAAUUGUUUGUCAUCGACGGUAGCAAGCGCAGCGCGCACAGCAACGCCUAUUUCUUCGGACUUCCGUGGAAGAAGCACAUCGUCAUCUACGACACAUUGAUCGAGAAGAGCAGCCCGGAGGAGGUUGUUGCUGUCUUAGCGCACGAACUCGGCCACUGGAGUCUCGGUCACACUACUAGGCUUUUUGGCAUCUCUCAGAUUAACGUAUUGUACAUCUUUAGCUUGUUCUCGGUCUUCGUAAACAACAACUCGUUGUAUGCCGAUUUUGGGUUUAUUAAGGAGCACCCUAUCAUCAUUGGGUUCAUCCUUUUCUCCGACGCAUUGGCACCAAUGGACCUUGUGAUUAAGCUGUUGAUGAACAUCAUGAGCCGGAAAUUCGAAUUCCAGGCUGAUGCCUUUGCUCGUAACUUGGGUUACCAGAGGGAGCUGGCUUCGUCUCUUAUCAAGCUACAGAUCCAGAAUCUUAGCACGAUGGAUGCAGAUCCGUUAUACGCAAGCUACCAUUUCUCCCACCCCAUCCUUUCGGAGAGGCUUAAGGCCCUAGAGUGGACCCCUACUGAAAAGGUGGUUAACGAGAAAAAGGAGGACGAGGAUGCUGCUGAGAAGGCCAGCGGACGGGAACUAUAGAUGUCGCCAAUUUUAUAUCUUCACAUUGUGAGACAAUGUAUACUAGAAACUGGGCAACCAUAUGGGCAGGUAUUUGGGUUAAUGCGACAUACUGUCUUGCCUUAGCCGUCUAGAAUUUAAUCAUACGGAUUUACCGCUCAGUUUACGGCACUGCUCUUUAUGGCUCAUAUUGCUCUUGAAAACUAGUACGUGUGAGGUAGACGUAAGAUAAAGAAGAACGUAUGGCAAUGCUAUAUUACUUUUUUUUUUUUU